AUGCAUGAUGGGUUGGGCCUCAUACCCACGCUGAAUCAGGUGUCAUGGGCCGAUUUCCAGGUCAAAGACAGCCCAGACCCCGCUGGAAAGCACGUCAUCGAUAUAUUGAAUGGGAAACCAACAGUCAUUUGGUACAUAUCGAGUAGAGCGAAUAGCAUCAAGAGACAGCAAGCGGCCAGUAAAAUUGCCACUGUUAAUCCUGUCGAGGCUGUGGGCCAAGUCACUGGAGAUGGUCUACUGCCUGAUCGUAUCCGUGUCAACUCCCGGUUACUUCUCCUCAUCUUCUCCAGAUUCCAUGGCCUGUCAGAUAUCUUUGGAGGCGCGAAUUCCGUUGUGUUUAUGAGACCGUUCAAAAUGUUCAUCCACUUUCAACAGGAACUGAGAGAUUGGUUGGAAACCCUCGUCAAAAAGCAUGGCCAACAGGCGCAGGCCACACAGGACACUAUACAUGAUUCCGAAAGCCAGGGGAGGAGAACCCCACUUGCGGAUUUGCUCAAAGCCCCGGUAGCUUCACAUUCCCCAACGGAAGGAGCUUCGGAACCCCUCGAGCCCCAUAAUCUCCCGAAGGGCUCAGAAGAGAGCGACACAGAUUGGAUGAAGGAAGAAAUUUAUCACUUCCAAAAUGCUAUCGAGUCCGAAUUAGCUCUACAACACAUGCGCCCUCUAAUGGAUUUUAUGGAUAGAUUUAUCCUGCCCCGUCAAUCGUACUUAGAGAGCACACGAUGCUCGAAGGUAACUUUCCACGACAUGUGGCUGCUUUUCAAGCCUGGCGACGAGGUGAUCGAGACCGAUGGGUAUCAAGCGUACCGCAUCGUACAUAUUGAAACCAGUCUUCACAGAGCGGUAGCCCCUUGGGAAGUCUGGAACGAACAGCCGAUUCUAAGACCGCGAAGCCCCGGAUCUGACAUGGAUGGGCCUCCACCUCCACCCCCACCGCCCUGGGGACACGCGGGUGACAACAGACCAUUCAAGCUAUGGUGUGUGUACAUUGACACAGAUGGAUUCAAUCUCGGUCCCGUCACAGUCGCUUUCGAGAUUCGAGCAUUCGAGGGUGAGAAAAAUGUAAUGGACCUUCCAAUCUAUCCAGUUAGACUCAACACAAUCUGGCCUGUGAAUCUCACGGGAGGUGCUGCAGUGCUCGACGCGGUGACUACCGCUAUUCGCGAUAAACUCAUACGGCGGGGCAGAGAUUUUGUCGAACGCAAUUCCAUCCAGCAUGCUUAUUAUGCUGGUCCAUGUUAUCGAAGUCGGGGUCGACUAGAAGGUCAAGUGGUCAUCGAUAAUGCACAGAUUUUCGCGAUGGACGACAACAGAAAACGACCACCACUAGGAGGAGGCAUGCCCGUCUCUCCUGAGCCAGGUCCACACGACGCAGCUUCAGCCGCGUGCAACGCGGAGUGCUGUUACAGAGAUCUCGUAUGGGGCGAUCAGCACUAUGACCGGCGUCGGAACGUCAACUAUGCUGAGCUUCACCCUCUAGUUGAUUCACAGGGGACGGUGUCAAUUUCGAUGACCCAACGACCAAUUUCAGACGUCCAAAAAGACCACCAGCAGUCUAAAAUCAGAGACGCUGAUUACCUCAUCAUGUCAGACAGGGUCUUUGGCUAUGUGCUACGUACCCGGAAAUGGGCUGAAUUGGACUUGUUAUGGAUUUCCGAGGCCAAGUACAACCGCGAGAAGCCUGAUAUGCAAGCGAGUAUUUCUGAUAAACAGAUGACAAACACGGCGUUCGAUGACCUGGUACUGCCACCAGGACAUAAGGAUGUCAUACUCUCCCUUGUGGCGCAGCACUUUCGAGACGACUCACAGGAGGUGGACAUCUUCCAAGGCAAGGGUAAAGGCUUGAUCAUGCUUCUCCAUGGUGCCCCUGGUGUCGGAAAGACCAGUACCGCGGAAGGCGUCGCCGAAGCCUUCAGAAAACCUCUUCUCCAGAUAACGUGUGGCGACCUAGGUUUCACCGCGGAGAAAGUCGAAGAGUCAUUAGCGCGAAAUUUUGAACUUGCCAGCCGCUGGGGCUGUGUAUUACUUCUGGAUGAAGCCGAUGUUUUCCUAGCAUCUCGAAAGAGUGCUGAGAGUAGUGCUGAUCUCAGCAGGAAUGCUCUAGUAGCAGUGUUUUUGCGUGUGCUUGAAUACUACACUGGGAUACUGUUCCUUACUACUAACAGAAUAGGCGAUUUCGACGAAGCCUUUGCUUCUAGAAUUCACCUCAGUCUUGAAUACCCGCAACUGAGUAAAGAGUCUACGGAAAGCAUCCUUGCUUUGAACAUGAGACUGAUCAAGAAGAGGUUCCGAAACACCCGCAGGACGAUCGACAUUGAAGAAACCGAGAUUUGCUCCAAAUUUUCAAAGUACUGGGAAGAAAAUGAAGAAGGGCGACUGAAUGGUCGACAGAUCCGCAACGCCUGUCAGACAGCACUUGCGCUUGCAGAGUUUGAGGCACAGGGCAACAGCCACAAGGACGUACUCAAACCGGAUGCAACUGUCCGAUUACAACCGAUGCAUUUCAACACGAUUCUGAAGGCGUACCUGGAUUUCGCUGACUACCUCAACAAGACUUAUGGAGUUACUCCUGAACAGCGUGCCAAGGAACAAAAGCUAAGAGCGAAAGAUCGGCAGAUGAAGAAGCCGAAACCAAUGCAUACCCAGACUGGAAGUGCAGGCUCUCAUGCUGGGGGAUUCGGCGGUGCACAUCUCUACAAUCAGACCGGGCAACAUUUCGCACCCAACCAGCCAGCUUACCAAAUGUCUUCGCCACCACAGGCCUACCAACAGCCCCAUCAGAUGUAUCAAGGACCAAUGCCAGGCCAGCAGGGCUUCCAUAUGCCUGGACAGUAUGCAGUUCCCAGUGCAGGCUAUGCGAAUCCGGGAAUACGCGCUGACAACCAGCAUCUGUCUGUUGCAAGCCUCGAGCCGGCGUUGGGUCACAAUGAGGACACCAGAGCUGGCCACAAUGCUCAAUACCAAGCGCAGUCAACCGUUCCAGGGUCGGUAUUGCAGUAUCCACAGCCUCAACAGCCCAACGCACGCUAUUGA